AUGAGCAAUACACAAGUUUUAUUUGUGAAGAGACCUAUUGGGUUGUUUAAUCCUAGAGAAACAUUUAAAAUUGUUAAAACUCCAAUUCCUACACGUGAGGAUUUGAAAAAUGAAGAAAUUUUAGUCAAAAUCCGUUAUUUGUCUUUGGACCCAGCGAUGCGUCCAUGGAUGAACGAUACAAGAAGUUACAUGAAGCCUUUAGGAAUCAAUGACAUUAUGCGUGGAAAUGCGAUAGGAGAAGUUAUCAUCUCCAAGAAUCCUCAAUUCAAGGUUGGAGACAUUGUUCUGAGCGCAUUCGGCUGGCAGAAGUAUGCCGUUAGCAAUGGGAAGGAUGUCGUAAAGAUUAAUCCUUUUCCUGGAGUUUCGAUCUCGGAUUACCUUGGCGUUUUGGGUUUGACGGGAUUGACCGCUUACUUUGGAUUAUUCGAUAGCAAAGUUAAAGCUGGAGAGACAGUCGUCGUGUCUGGUGCUGCAGGUGCCACUGGGAGUGUCGCUGGUCAACUCGCCAAGAUCAAAGGGGCCACUGUAAUUGGGAUAGCCGGCUCAAAGAGUAAAUGUGACUGGAUAAAAAACGAAUUAGGGUUUGAUAUAGCAUUGAACUAUCGAGAUCCAGAUUUCGUCGGUCAAUUCCAAAAGGCGACGCCAAAUUAUAUCGACGUAUAUUUUGAUAAUGUUGGUGGGGAAAUUUUGGAUCUCUGUUUGAGUAGACUUGCCAAAAAUGCUAGAAUAGCCUUUUGUGGAGCGAUCAGUCAAUAUAAUGAGAAGAAAAUAAAAGGAAUCUCGAAUUAUCCAGCAUUGAUUAGUAAUACUGCUAGGAUAGAAGGUUUCCUUAUAUUCGAUUAUCAAUCAAGAUUUCCGGAAGCAAUUAGAGACAUUUCAAAAUGGUUAAAAGAAGGCAAGAUCAAAAGAAGAGAGUACAUUAUAAAUGGUUUGGAAAAUGCCCCUGAAGGCCUGUUGAAAUUAUUUAAGGGCGAGAAUACAGGCAAAUUUUUAGUAAAUGUUGGUGAUGAUGUUAAGGCCAAACUUUGA